GAGAGGGAAAGGGACCUCGUUAGCGCGAAUACCACGAGUUUACGAGAUGAGAGCGGGACGCGAGGAGGACGAGCGAAGGAAAAACAACGGGAGAAACGAGUAACGAAGAACCACUGUGCGUUCCGUUUGUACACGCGUGUGCGCUCGUAUGAGAGCGAGCGGCGAUCAACGGUGACAAGUGUUCCGUCGACGGGGAACUUCGCCUUAGCCCCACGUCGACAAGAAGAUGAUAUACCGGGCAUCGAGACACCGCCGUGGCUACGUCGACCGCGAUCCUCGUGCCGCCGUUUGCUGUCGUCGCCAUUGAGCUACGGCCGCUUUCGCGAAAAAUCAUUUUUUUCGCGAGAGGAACAGUGAGGCCGUGGGACGACGACGACAACCACGACGACGAGGUGGACGAAAAAGCUGAAAGAAGAUGAGAGGCGCGUGCGACGGCGGCAUAGCGAGCUUUCUCGCUCUGGCGCUCCUCUGUUUAUUCCACACGUCAUGCCUUGUGGACGGACUGUUGAAGUGUUAUUGCGAUAUUUGCGUGGAAACCAAUCACACGUGCGAAACCGAUGGCUAUUGUUUUGCUAGCACCAGCUUGGAGAACGAUGUACGCACAUACGCUAGGAGGUGUUACAAUAAGACACACUUCUUCCCGGGGCCCGAUUACUCGGUCUGGUGCAACAUGAAUAACUCGCUAAGCGGUCCAGGUGACGUGGAAUUCGUGGUCGCCUGCUGCGACCACGCUGACUUCUGCAAUCGCAACCUAAGGCCCCUUUUACCCCCUCGCGUGUCCAGAGGUGGGCCAUACUUUCGACUCGCCGAUUACCUCGGCCGAGCGCCGCCGGGUGGCGAUGUCGCGACGUGGGUCACUUGGAAAAUGGCCUUGACCAUAGCCACGCCAAUAUGCGCGAUCUGCGUGGUCGUCAUGGUCAUUUAUCACGUGCGCAUGACCAGAAGAAGGGAUGGACAUUCCGAUGACUCGCAAGAGGCACCGGAUCGACCCAUCCUGGGCGGUGUUACCAUCAGGGACAUGCUCGAAAUGACGACCAGUGGCCUGCCGCUUCUGGUACAGCGGAGUAUAGCCCGCCAGAUUCAGCUGGUGGAGACGAUCGGAAAAGGUCGCUUCGGCGAGGUCUGGCGUGGCCGUUGGAGGGGUGAAAACGUCGCGGUGAAGAUCUUCAGCUCGCGAGAAGAGAGGUCUUGGUUCAGGGAGGCCGAAAUUUAUCAGACGGUGAUGCUCAGGCACGACAAUAUCCUUGGGUUCAUCGCUGCUGAUAAUAAAGAUAAUGGCACGUGGACCCAGCUGUGGCUAAUCACGGAUUAUCACGAGAAGGGUUCGCUGUUCGAUUAUCUGAACAGAUCGACCGUGGACACGAACGGUAUGAUCAGGAUGGCCCUGUCGAUCGCCACCGGGCUAGCACAUCUUCACAUGGAGAUCGUUGGUACGCAAGGGAAGCCUGCCAUCGCGCACAGGGAUCUGAAGUCGAAAAAUAUCCUCGUGAAGACAAAUGGCACAUGCGCGAUCGGCGAUCUCGGAUUGGCCGUCAGGCAUGACGUAAUAACAGACACCGUUGAUAUCCAGCUGAAUAAUCGGGUCGGCACCAAGCGGUACAUGGCACCCGAGGUUCUCGAAGAGACGAUAAACAUGAACCACUUUGAUUCCUUCAAGAGGGCUGACGUGUACGCUCUCGGGCUGAUCCUCUGGGAGAUCGCCAGGCGAUGCAACGUCGGCGGAAUUCACGACGAAUAUCAGCUGCCGUUUUACGAUUUGGUGCCUUCCGAUCCGACGAUCGAAGAAAUGCGUAAAGUUGUGUGCACCGACAGACAGAGGCCGUCGAUACCGAAUCGGUGGCAGUCGAUCGAUGCAUUACAAGUGAUGUCGAAGGUGAUGAAGGAGUGUUGGUACCACAAUGCGGCAGCUAGACUAACCGCGCUUAGGAUUAAAAAAUCACUCGCGAACUACGGCGCGAUAGAGGACCUGAAGUGAAAGAGGCGAAUCAUGCCCCGAUCGUUGAAACGACGGGGUAAGUGGAAGUGCUCGAAAAAAACACACGUGGACACUCACUUUAAACUGUAACACUUUUAUCGCAAUAAAACUUUUUAAGUGCCGUGUUACUGCGCGCGAGAAAGAGAGAAUGGGGAAGAGAGAAAGAGUAUAUACAUAUAGGUUGAAAG